AUGAGUGAAUCGGAGAAAGAGCGCAUUGAGGUUGAGAAUCGUCGGAGACGUAUACGGCGUACGGCGAAAUUGCAUAGGCUGCAGCAUCCGAAUAAUCAUCACUACCACGCCUCCGAGGAUGAAUCCGAUCGCAAAGCCGCUUUGGCACACAGACUCCGCGCACAAAUGCAGCGUGCGUUGCGAAAAACUGCAGAAGAACUGAAAGAAGGAGAGCGUCAAAAACAUCAAGAGUAUGAAAGAGCAAGACGACUGCGAGAAGAACGACUGUACGAACAGUCACUGGAAAUGAGAAGGCGGUAUGUUUUAAAUGUUAAGAAGCUGUGGCUUUCAACAGAGGACGGUGAGACCGAUUGUCAUCCGCCCACAAAUGUGGCGUCCUCUGGCCAAGCCAGCUCAUUUCCUGACCAUAUGGCUCCUUCCUAA